AUGGGAGGACGAGAGUGGGGGAUGAAUAAGAAAGGGGGAAAGGAACGACGGGGUGAGUAUGAGCAGGCCUGUCGCACCAUGGCGCGGCGGUGGAUGGGAGUGACGGCGACGAGGCAGAUGAUGGUGGAGCAGUUGGGGUUCCCUCUCCUCUCUCCCCCUCUCCUCUCUCCCCCUCUCCUCUCUCCCCCUCUCCUCUCUCCCCCUCUCCUCUCUCCCCCUCUCCUCUCUCCCCCUCUCCUCUCUCCCCCUCUCCUCUCUCCCCUCUCCUCUCUCCCCCUCUCCUCUCUCCCCCUCUCCUCUCUCCCCCUCUCCUCUCUCCCCCUCUCCUCUCUCCCCCUCUCCUCUCUCCCCCUCUCCUCUCUCCCCCUCUCCUCUCUCCCCUCUCCUCUCUCCCCCUCUCCUCUCUCCCCCUCUCCUCUCUCCCCCUCUCCUCUCUCCCCCUCUCCUCUCUCCCCCUCUCCUCUCUCCCCCUCUCCUCUCUCCCCCUCUCCUCUCUCCCCCUCUCCUCUCUCCCCCUCUCCUCUCUCCCCUCUCCUCUCUCCCCCUCUCCUCUCUCCCCCUCUCCUCUCUCCCCCUCUCCUCUCUCCCCCUCUCCUCUCUCCCCCUCUCCUCUCUCCCCCUCUCCUCUCUCCCCCUCUCCUCUCUCCCCCUCUCCUCUCUCCCCUCUCCUCUCUCCCCUCUCCUCUCUCCCCCUCUCCUCUCUCCCCCUCUCCUCUCUCCCCCUCUCCUCUCUCCCCCUCUCCUCUCUCCCCUCUCCUCUCUCCCCCUCUCCUCUCUCCCCCUCUCCUCUCUCCCCCUCUCCUCUCUCCCCCUCUCCUCUCUCCCCCUCUCCUCUCUCCCCUCUCCUCUCUCCCCCUCUCCUCUCUCCCCCUCUCCUCUCUCCCCCUCUCCUCUCUCCCCCUCUCCUCUCUCCCCCUCUCCUCUCUCCCCCUCUCCUCUCUCCCCUCUCCUCUCUCCCCCCUCUCCUCUCUCCCCCUCUCCUCUCUCCCCCUCUCCUCUCUCCCCUCUCCUCUCUCCCCCUCUCCUCUCUCCCCUCUCCUCUCUCCCCCUCUCCUCUCUCCCCCUCUCCUCUCUCCCCCUCUCCUCUCUCCCCCUCUCCUCUCUCCCCCUCUCCUCUCUCCCCCUCUCCUCUCUCCCCCUCUCCUCUCUCCCCCUCUCCUCUCUCCCCUCUCCUCUCUCCCCCUCUCCUCUCUCCCCCUCUCCUCUCUCCCCCUCUCCUCUCUCCCCCUCUCCUCUCUCCCCCUCUCCUCUCUCCCCCUCUCCUCUCUCCCCCUCUCCUCUCUCCCCCUCUCCUCUCUCCCCCUCUCCUCUCUCCCCCUCUCCUCUCUCCCCUCUCCUCUCUCCCCUCUCCUCUCUCCCCCUCUCCUCUCUCCCCCUCUCCUCUCUCCCCCUCUCCUCUCUCCCCCCUCUCUCUCCCCCCUCUCCUCUCUCCCCCUCUCCUCUCUCCCCCUCUCCUCUCUCCCCCUCUCCUCUCUCCCCUCUCCUCUCUCCCCUCUCCUCUCUCCCCCUCUCCUCUCUCCCCCUCUCCUCUCUCCCCCUCUCCUCUCUCCCCCUCUCCUCUCUCCCCCUCUCCUCUCUCCCCUCUCCUCUCUCCCCCUCUCCUCUCUCCCCCUCUCCUCUCUCCCCCUCUCCUCUCUCCCCCUCUCCUCUCUCCCCCUCUCCUCUCUCCCCCUCUCCUCUCUCCCCCUCUCCUCUCUCCCCCUCUCCUCUCUCCCCCUCUCCUCUCUCCCCCUCUCCUCUCUCCCCCUCUCCUCUCUCCCCCUCUCCUCUCUCCCCCUCUCCUCUCUCCCCCUCUCCUCUCCCCCAUCUUCCCCAUCUUCCCCAUCUCCCCCAUCUCCAUACCCCAUUUGCGCAAUGCGCCAUACCCCUUCCAAUGGCGCACCUUGGCGCGGCGGUGUAUGGGAGUGA